AGAAUAUGGAAACGCCGGCGGAAGGUUCUAAUGCUCCAGGAUCUUUUGAUUGGGCUAAGAAGCACGAGAAGGAAGGGAGAUCAGACUUUCAAAAAUACAUCUCAGUCGGAUACCACAUUACUAUUAUCAUAUUUGGGUUUCUCAUGCUUCUUCUCGCAUGGCUAGCCUACGAUUCACUUAACACUUAUAGUGAUGCUAUUGAUGACUUCCAAGAGAAUUGGGAGACCAUUCCUAUAGUUGACAUCAAGACUUCAACAACUGAGUGUCCUGAAGGCUAUGAAAGUCUGAUUGAUAGAGAAUGGCCUGGCACAGUCAGUGGCUGUGACUGUCAUCAAGCCUCCUUCGGUUAUAGUCAUUACAAGGAUUUGGAUACAGGCCAUUGCUCCUCUAAUCAAACUAAGGACGGAUGUAGAGAUGUACACUCUACUCAUAAGGCUCCAUUGGAUAAAUUUUAUGGAGUAAGGAUUUGUGGAUAUAGAGCAGGAGCAAACUUUGUUCAAAUUGAAAGACCAUUUAAACUAGCAGGAGAGAUUUCCUGUCCAAAUGGAUAUAAGAUAUGAGGUUCUGGGGAUCCUAGUCACAUUAUCUGUGUUAACCAAGGGGAGCAAUGACCUAUUAAUGAUGUAAAGAUUUUGAUGAAUGGAGAAACUCCUGAACCUGGAUAUCAGACAAUAACUCUUGAUCACACUUUAGACAUCAAACUUGCGUUUACUUCAGAUUCCUCUGGUCUUCCAGUAGUCAGAUUCAGACUAACAGAAGGACAGGUAUGUGCAGAUCCAGACAUCUACAUGAUGAGUGAAGGAAGAUAUCCAUAUGAACUCCUAAGAAAUGAGGAUUAUCAUCAAUGCGAUAAAGAGGUUGCAGAUGGAUAUUUUGACACAAGAUAUGAAAAUAUUGGGUCUGUUAAUGAAGAAAGACUUUUGAAAGAUAAUGGCAAGUUUCUUUUUCCUAAUACAUAGGUCUUUAUGUCCUCCUAUCCAACCUCCCUCUCUACCCAAUUGAGG